CGAGUAGAUAAAUAGGUACCACCACAGUGGGAAGAUGUUGACUUCUAUUUCAAUUGAUCUGAACCCCUACACCUCCGCUGCUGGUCCUGCUGCUUACAUCACAAGCAGAAAAGGGGGAUAUAAAUGCUCCUGAAGGAGGUAACUAAAAGAGGACACAGAGGAUUUUGCAACAAGAAAUUUGGCGUGUACCACCAACACAUAGUGCCAACAAUGAAAUCUGCAGCUGCAAUGAAAUCUGCAACUGGAACUCACAAAGGUCUCUUGACCAUCAUAGUAAUUCUCAGCUCAUGUCCAUUGCUGACUUCAGGAGCCUUGUUGCCAAAGCUGCAUCACUCUGACAGACUUUGGAAGCGUGAAGCACCCCAGUAUCCUCCACCCGGGAGCAGUGAUCACCUCAAAAAACCCCUCCUUCUCUGGAAUAUCGGCAUCCCUUCCAUUACUCUGCAUGACUGGAGCCUCAAGUGGAUGUCUUCAGAUGUCACAGCACCCCAGGAGGAGGACAAAGAAGAGGAAGUGCAAAACAGAAAAGCCAGCCUGUGGAGCUCAAUGGGAGAGGAAUCCCCAUCUUCUGGGGGCAAAAAGAUGGCCCUGUACCCAACCAACUGGGUUCCUGGGUGGGAUGGGAAGCGAAGCAUAGUGGUAGCAGAUGAUGCAGCCUUCCGGGAGAAAAGCAAGAUGUUGACAGCCAUGGAAAGGCAGAAAUGGCUCAACUCCUAUAUGCAGAAAUUCUUGGUGGUUGACUCUGAGUAAGGUACAGCCAUGAACUGGCAAAGGAGGAAGGUGAUGGGGAGUGGUAAGGGAGGUCAAGCUAGCUGUAUUAUAUGGUCCACAGAAUCUCUCCAAGAAUUACAGUAGGACCCCCAUAUCUGCUGGGAAUUGGUUCCAAGCCUCCUGUGGAUACUAAAAAACAUGGACAAAAGCAAAUACUAUAUACCCGUAUUUUUCGCUCCAUAAGACGCACCUUUCCAUAAGACGCACCAAUUUUUU